AGGUACCUACCUACCUUUACUUGUUGAGAACGCUUAUGCUCUGUUUUUGGUUUUUAUACUGAGAGUGAGAGUGAGAGUACUUUUCUUGCUUUUCGGAAUGUCAAAUUUGCUUUGGUAGCGUUCUCAAAAGCAGUGGUGAAUAUGGAACAUAUGGACUAAUUCUUCAGGGAUUGCUAAAUAAUGAUACUUUUGAGUUUUGAGCCACACCCUUGUUGUAGAAUUUGGUGGUCUGAGUAUAAUGCACACAAUUUGCUUCAAUUUUGCUGGUAUAAAAUUUGGUGUGGAAUUCAGAUAUGAGAAGUAUCACAUACAUCAUGGAGGGGAUGAGGAAGAGAGAAAAGCUAACUACAAGGACAUGGUUAACAAAUACUAUGAUCUUGUGACAAGCUUUUAUGAAUAUGGCUGGGGUGAAUCUUUCCAUUUUGCAGCUAGAUGGAAGGGAGAAUCAUUAAGAGAGAGUAUCAAGCGACACGAGCACUUUAUUGCUCUGCAACUGGGUUUGAAGCCAGGACAGAAGGUGCUGGACGUAGGAUGUGGAAUUGGUGGGCCCCUGAGAGAAAUUGCUAGAUUUAGUGGUGCAUCAAUUACCGGGAUAAACAACAACGAAUAUCAAAUAACUAGAGGAAAGGAACUAAAUCGCAUUGGAGAGGUGGAUGAGACCUGCAACUAUGUUAAGGCGGACUUCAUGAAAAUGCCAUUUUCUGACAAUACUUUUGAUGCAAUAUUUGCAAUAGAAGCCACAUGCCAUGCACCAGAUGCGGUUGAUUGUUACAAAGAGAUAUACAGAGUGUUAAAGCCUGGCCAAUGUUUUGCUGCUUAUGAGUGGUGCAUAACUGAUUCUUUUGAUCCCUUGAAUCAAGAACACCAAAGGAUUAAGGGUGAAGUUGAGCUUGGCAAUGGACUUCCUGGCAUCAGAUCAAAGGGACAAUGUCUUGAAGCCUUGAAAGUUGCAGGCUUUGAGAUCAUAUGGGAGGAGGAUGUUGCUGUCAACUCGCCUCUCCCUUGGUAUUUGCCUCUGGACAAAAAUCAGUUCUCACUAGCUAGCUUCCGAGUAACAGCUUUUGGACGUUUUAUCACUCGAAACAUGGUCAAAACCUUAGAGUUCUUGGGCCUUGCUCCUGAGGGCAGUCAAAGAGUUCAGUCCUUCUUGGAGCAAGCAGCAGACGCUCUUGUUGAAGGUGGAAGGAAAGGGAUCUUCUCACCAAUGUACUUUUUCUUGGUCCAAAAGCCUCAUUCCUAGCCCAGAAUUUGUCAUGUGCAACUGAAGCUUCACAGGGCUUAUUAUAUUUUUAUUCUUGUUAUUGCAUUGCUUGAACACAUGUAACUUAAAAAUUGAUUUUGGCAAAUUACAGCAACAUUUCGUACGCUUGUACCUCAACAAAUCUAGUACAAAUAAGCAACAGAACACCAAGAGUGCAGAAUUAAGAAAAUUGCCUUGUGAACCAUGUAGUAUUCUUGAUAAGUGGUAAAAACUAAAUCCACUAUUCAUCAAAAGCCCCUUGUAUGUUUUCACUACCUUAUUGGGAAGGCUGAAUAUCUCAGUUAAAAGGUGAUAUUCCUUUGUUGUAGAA